ACAAAGUCUCCGUUACAGUCCGAGAAUCUCCUCCUGUCCAGGGGAGCCCCGCUGAGGGCCACAGGUCCCUGUGUGUCACUAUGAGCGUGGAUCAGACAGUGGUGGAAGUACGUGGGCUCCCCAAACACCCGGACGAUGAGGAUUAUGUGAAAAAAAAGGUUUUCCUCCAUUUCCAGGAGGAACGUAAUGGUGGGGGGAAGAUAGUGUGUCUGGAAUAUCCUGUGAGAGAACAUGGCGUGGCCCUUCUCACCUUCAGGGAUGAGACAGUGGCAGCAGCGGUCUUGGGAAAGAAACACAAUAUACAUAUGGACAGCCGUACCUUCCAGUUGGAGGUGAUACGUCCCCAGAGUCAGAUCGCUGCGUCCCAGAGCAUCCAGUUUUCCAUGCCUAUAAGAACAACCCUAGACUUGAAAUAUUUCAGGAACAGGAAGGCGGUAGAGGAACUACUGAGGAAAUAUAAAUUUGAACUAACCAAAAAGUCACAAUGCAGGAUUGACAUCGAAGGGGACUUUCAGGAGCUGAGAAGAUUCAGGACAGACCUUUAUAAUGCAUUGAAUCUCAGUAAACCCUCCAUUAGUGACCAGCAAACAGAGCUUCACACACCCAUUACUAAGCGGACAUCACGUGUGAAGGACAAGGCUGGAGACAGUGUGAUCUCUGGAACAUGCGAGCGGGGACCAGCUGGUGCUGGUAAUAGCGCCGGUACGGUAAAUGCCGUUUUCAAAACAAAGAUGAUUCAGGAUAGUGUGUCAGAGUCAUUUUCCAGCCGCAAACUUGCUGUGUCUUCAUCGACCAGUGAACGAUAUUCACCUCAAAAAGAUAGUAGCCAUUCUAAUAGCCAGCUCGAUGAAAGAAGCACUUUAUCAACUAGCGAUCAUGACAGAAGACCCGAUUAUUCCUUAUCAUAUAAACCUUCCAAGAACUCCUCCUCACAUCUGACAAGUGACUCAAACUCAGGAACAUGCAAUGCCCUGUCAAAAAAUGUACCCAGUGACCCCACGUCAAAAAUUACUGAUGACUCAAGGUCAUUAAUCGAUGUCAACUCAAAAUUGCCCAAAUUUACCAGUGGGAAAUCUAAGGGUGACUUUUUUCUCGAAACUGAUAAUGACUCCACAGCAACUACUCCCGUUGGCAUAUCUUCCAGUCUGACAAUUGGAAAUGUUCCUGCUCCCAAAAUAUAUUCUAAACUUGUUUCAGUGGACUCCACUCUGCUGAUGUACAUUAUGUGUUUUGGAAAAUUCUUUAAAAGCUUUCCUGCUGAUGGGCCCAUAAAGUUGGAAAUAGAAAAGUGCUCAGAAAUCUGCAAAGUUAUAUUUAGUAUUACUGACUCAAAAUAUUUAAGAUAUCUAGAAUCAAGCAUCAGCUUUUUAUUAUGUCUAAUGGAAGAAUAUCGAAAGAGUCUUGAUACUGCAAACAUUUAUCUUUCUGAAUAUUCAUCUCAACUGAGAAAUAACAUUAUUGAAAAAAUAUCACAUUUGACAAAGACAAAAGAAAUUUUGGCAGAAAACAAUGAAGACCACAUUGGUCUGAUUGGGCCAUCACAUGCCAUCUUAGAGCUUACACGUCACUGCAAAGAAAUAAAAGAACUCUCUGAAAGUAAAAUGCGUUGGGAAAAACAAAAUAGCAGAGUAGAAAAAGUGAUCCAAUAUUACCCUUCUACUCCUGAUGUACAGCCAGAAUUACACAAAUUUACCAGCCAGACCGACAAAUCUCACAGUGACCAUAAUCCAGAAACGGAUUAUGGCUCCAGCUCAGCUAUUUCUUGUGUUUCUUCUCCCAGAAAACUCUCUAGGAGUUUUCCAGUGGACACCACUACAUUAAAGUAUGUACAAUGUUUUGAAAAAGAUGAGCUUCUUCAUAGGAAUGGACCUGUUAAAAUGGAAAUACAGGAUUGUGAAGAAUUUAGCAAUGUUAUAUUAAGCGUUACGGACUCAAAUUCUUCAAAGGACUUAGAAAAAGCUAUGACUUAUUUAUCAUCAAUGCUUGGAAAAUAUGAAAACAGUCUGCGGACUGCGGAUAUUCAUCUAACGGAAUAUAUACUGGAAGACAGAGAGAACAUUUUUGAAGAAAUAUCCCACUGCGCAAAGAAUACAAAAAUUAUGGUAACAGAAUGUGAAGGCCGUGUACAUCUGCUUGGACCAUCAAAUUGCAUCUUAGGAUUUAUGCAAUACUGGAAAGAAAGGGUAAAAGAUUAUCGAAGUGAAAUGUGUAGGGUGAACAAAGAAACAAGUUUAGAAAAACAAAAAGUCUCUCAAAAUAAAACACAACAAGAAAAAGUUAAAGAAAAGGGACGAGCCUCUCCGAGUGAAAUCCGUGGGGUAAAACAAGAGAAGGGUGAAGAAACAGUGACUCACCAUCACCCUUCUCCCAAUGUAAAGUCAGAACUUAGCAGAAAGAUAGCGACGUUGCAAAGAGACCUUUCUCCAGAACCUGAUUAUGGCUCCACAUCAGCUACUUCAUGCGGUGUACGUUCAAACCGGACCAAGUUAGGAAAUGUUUCUUCUACCAACAGACUUUCUAGAAGCUUUCCAGUGGACACCACUAUAUUGAAGUACAUCCAACGUUUUGAUAAAGAUGUCCUAUUUUCUGUUCUUGGAUCUAUUCAAAUUGAAACACAGGAUUGUGGAGAAUUUAGCAAUGUUAUAUUAAGUGUUACAGACUCAAAUUCUUCAAAUAACAUAGAAGAAACUGCCAGUAAUUUAUCAUUGUUGUUUGGUCAGUAUGAAAAAUGUCUGCGUACUGUGGAUAUUUAUAUUAAGGAAUAUUCACCACGACUGAGAGACAAAAUUAUUGAAGAAAUAUCACACUGCGUAAAGACUGCAAAAAUUAUGAGAACAGUAUAUGAAGAUCAUGUACAUCUGAUUGGGCCAUCGGAUUCCAUCUCGGUGUUUAUGCAACACUGGAAAAAAACGGAAAUCAUCUACAAAAGGGAAAACCAAGAAAGGAGAGUAGAAAAAGUGAAAGAAAAUGUCCCCCACAGUAAGAGUGGUAGAUUAACCCAAGAGUGUAAGAUGGAAAAAGAAAAGGAAAUAUCUCAGAGUGAAAUGCGUGGGGCAACCCAAAAGAAGAGGGUGGAAAGACUAAAGGAAAAGGAAAAAGUUUCUCAAAGUGAAAUUAGUGGGAUACGGCAUGAAAAGAGUGCAGAAAAAGUGAAAGAAAAGGAGAGUGAAAUGCGUCAGUUAAACAAAACAAGUAGUGUAGAAACAGUGACCAUGGAUGAUCAUCAUGCAUCCCUUGUACUCGGAAUUUCCUCAUAUUCUACUAAACAGAGUCCUCCCCUCAAUCACCGAGUGUCUACGAAACAAAGAGUCCAUACACCCGACACGUCUGAGUCACGGAGAAGAAGCGCAGCAAUUGGGUCAACAAACAAAACGAUGACACCUACCACGAAACUGAACCCCAGCCCUACACGGUCUAACCAAAACCCAAAUGGAAGGAAAUGAGAUUGUCUCUGGGGAUGAAGGUGGAAAGAGAUUACGUUAUGUGCAUUUGGAUUAUUUUUAUGGAACACUCUUCCUGGAGUUAGUUGUUACCCAGUACACUCAGCACCUUUUCAGAUGAAUGCAUAUUUUGCUAUAAUUUGUUUCUCUGGUACUUGGCUCUGUGGCUCAGUUGUGGUGGCGAUUUUCCAGUUCUACGAGGCUGGAACUUAAUGUACGGUUUAGGUGCUGUGCGAGCCGGCUGUACAGCUUGUCUAGUAUGGACCGGAUGCCUUUUGGUACAGAAACGCUCUGGGUUUAAUCUACUAUACUUGCAUUUUUCACCUGUAAAAUAUCUGUUCUUUCACAUAUUUUCAUCAAUUCACAGGAUGGUGAACAUAAUUUUUAGAGAUGUAUUCACAAAGAAUUCUGGGAAAUGCAACCCCCCCCAAAAUAACUAUAACAUUAUUCUAUAACAUAGCUAAUGUUUUAGCUGCACUAUUUUGGCCUAAAAUAUGAAAUCUUCCUCUCAUUUCUCUACAAUUUCAACGUCAUAUAAUAUAAUAUACAUUAUCGUGUGCACAUAGUAUGUUACCAUUUUCUAUAUACUAAUCUUCUGAGUGUGUAAGCAGGCCCAAACAGAGGAUGUUGUACUAGUUAGUGCCUCACUUCUAAAUCCAGUGUAAGUGUGUUUCAGGAGGAGUGCGGGCUUCUUCCAGAGCCCACGUUUGGAGGCAAUAGCGAUUAGAGAGUUGUGGACUUACUGAGUCAAAAUGUAUUUCUACUGGCAUUUACAACAGAGUGAUGUCUCUGCGCAGAGCUCCUUACCCAUUCCGACCCCAUGUCCUCCAACCAAACAUAGACUGUCGCCUUGGAAUCUUGUCCAACAUGGGUUCUGGAAGAUCAACUUUUUGUCAUUUUGUCCAUGCCAGUCUCGUAAUAUUUUUAUCAAAAUGAGGCCACACACGUUGUGUUAUGGAGAGUUUGUACAGUUUUCUGUAAAAUAUAUCUUAUUAUAGCUUACAUUAUGGAACUAUUAUAACUAAAGGCCAAUGUUAUAUUGUUUAAGAUAAAAUCUCAGCCUGCUCAUUACACAAAGCAUUAGAGCCAGCAUUAAAUUUUUUGAUAUUGUUGGAUGUUUUAUUUGCUGUGCAAUAAUCGUAUUGGCAGGAAAUUCUCAGUAUGAGAUUGUGGUGGAUAAAUGAUCUU